AUGACGCUGUGGAAGCUUCUCGGAGCUGGCAGCCUGCUGCUGGCAGGCCUAAGCAGCAGCGCCACAGCAGAGCCAUUCACACCGAAGCAUGAAGCCGGACGAUGUGCUAUGCGCGGCCACUGCGGCUCCAAGAGCUUCUUUGGCAAGCAACUGCCUUGCCCCGACAACGGUCUGGCCGAGGAGCCCGAUGAGAAACUGCGACAGCAAAUCGUCGACCUUUGCGGAGCGAAAUGGAACUCUGGUCCCGUUUGCUGCGAUGCCGACCAGGUCAAGUCUCUCGCCUCCGAACUCGGCACACCGAACCAGAUCAUCUCCUCUUGCCCGGCUUGCAAGGAGAACUUCUUCAACCUGUUCUGCACCUUCACGUGCUCCCCCGAUCAAUCUCUUUUCUUAAACAUCACAAAGACCCAGGAGAAGAACAAGAAGACCAUGGUGACGGAGCUGGACCAGCUCAUCUCAAAGGAAUACGGCACCGGCUUCUUCGACAGCUGCAAGGAAGUCAAGUUUGGCCCCUCCAACUCGAGGGCCAUUGACUUCAUCGGAGGUGGCGCGAAGAACUACUCCCAGCUGCUCAAGUUCUUGGGCGACGAGAAGGUCAUUGGCUCUCCUUUCCAAAUCAACUUCCCCACCGAGUACAACGAGCCCGGCAUGUCACCCCGCGACCUGAAGGCGAAGAAGUGCAACGACGAGGACCCCAACUACCGCUGCGCGUGCGUCGACUGCCCUUCUGUUUGCCCAGAGCUCCCUGCUGUCUCCAAGCCUGGCGACUGCCAUGUCGGUCUUCUGCCUUGCCUGUCCUUUGCGGCCAUCUUUACGUAUAGCAUUCUGCUGUUCGCUGCUGUUGCCGGAGUUGUCGGACACAUUGUCUGGAGACGCCGUGCCAGAAGAGAAAGCGAGCGUCUCAGGCUGCUGCAAGAUGCGUCUCCCAGUGACGACGAGGAUGAGGGCGACCUGGUUCAGAACGGCGCCAUGUUUGACCGGCCUCAACGAUACUACAAGAUUAAUACCUGGUGUGACGCGGCUUUCAGCAAGCUCGGCCACGCAGCGGCACGCUACCAGGGAAUCACCAUUGGCGUUACCCUCAUCAUCGUCAUCAUUCUUAGCGCUGGAUGGGUCAGGUUCGACCUCGAACGGGACCCUGCACGCCUCUGGGUCAGCCCUACCUCUCCUGCUGCGCAGGAAAAGGCAUUUUUUGAUGAACAGUUCGGUCCCUUCUACCGUGCCGAAAAGAUGUUCUUGGUCAACGACCAGCACUCCAAGGAACCCGCUCCGGUCCUUAGCUACGACACGCUGCUUUGGUGGAUGAGUGUCGAGAAGAGUGUCAAGCAGCUUAAGGGCGCCAAGUUUGGCGCCACCCUCGACGACAUUUGCUUGAAGCCUACUGGCACCGCUUUCCAUCGGGCCUACUUUGACAACGAGCCCUCGCUCGUUGGCAAGAACGACUGGAAAGAUCAGCUCCGACAGUGCGCAAAGUCGCCUGUUGAGUGCCGCCCCGAGUUCGGCCUGCCCAUCGAGCCCAACAUGAUCCUUGGUGGUUAUAAGGAUGAUCCCGCCAACGCCACUGCCAUCACAGUCACUUGGGUCGUUCAAAAUGCAGCCGAAGGCAGCCCUGAGGUUGAGCGUGCCAUAGACUGGGAAAUUGCCCUACGUGACCGUCUUCUGGAGGCUCAACAGGAGGCCCAGGACCGUGGUCUUCGCCUGUCCUUCUCCACCGAGAUCAGCUUGGAGCAGGAGCUGAACAAGUCCACCAACACCGAUGCCAAGAUUGUGGUCAUUAGCUACAUCAUCAUGUUUCUCUACGCAUCCCUGGCUCUCGGAUCUACUACGCUGUCAUUCCGGGAUAUGAUCAGGAACCCAGCUGUUGCUCUGGUUCAGUCCAAGUUCUCCCUUGGCGUUGUCGGCAUCCUGAUUGUCCUCAUGUCCAUUAGCGCCUCCAUCGGUCUUUUCUCUUGGUUUGGACUCAAGGCCACGCUCAUCAUCGCCGAAGUUAUCCCCUUCAUCGUCCUUGCCGUUGGUGUUGACAACAUCUUCCUGAUCGUUCACGAGUUCGAGCGGGUCAACGUUAGCCACCCCGAUGAAAUGGUCGAGGAACGGAUCGCCAAGGCACUGGGCCGCAUGGGGCCGUCUAUUCUCCUCUCGGCCCUCACCGAGACUGUUGCCUUUGCUCUUGGAACCUUUGUCGGCAUGCCUGCGGUGCGCAACUUUGCUGCCUACGCCGCCGGCGCCGUCUUCAUCAACGCCAUACUCCAGAUCACGUUGUUUGUGUCCGUCCUGGCCAUGAACCAGAUCCGCGUUGAGGACCAUCGCGCGGACUGCAUUCCCUGCCUCCAGGUCAAGGCCGCUCGUGUCCACCUCAGCGGCGGCAACGGAAACGCGAAUGCCCGAUUCUACGAAGUGCCGGAGGAGAGUUGGUUGCAGCAAUUCAUCCGUCGGACGUACGCCCCCGCCAUUCUCGCAAAGCAGGCCAAGGUUAUCAUCGUCGCCGUUUUCCUCGGCCUCUUUGCCGCCGGGAUCGCCCUCAUCCCCGAAGUCCAGCUCGGCCUGGACCAGCGUGUUGCCAUUCCCGACGGAUCCUACCUCAUCCCCUACUUCAAUGAUCUCUACAAGUACAUGGAAACUGGGCCGCCUGUUUACUUUGUCACCAGAGGCCUGAACGCCACCGCGCGCAAGAACCAACGCGAGAUCUGCGCCAGAUUCACCACUUGCGAUCAGUUCUCGCUGGCAAACAUUCUAGAGGGAGAGAGAAAGCGACCCGAGGUCUCGUACAUCUCCUCGCCAGCAGCCAGCUGGAUUGAUGACUACUUCCUGUGGCUCAACCCCGACCUCGGCGAUUCCUGCUGCGUGGAGAACGGCAAGGCAUGCUUUGCCGACCGCAACCCGCCCUGGAACAUCACCCUGUCGGGCAUGCCCCAGGACGGCGAGUUCAUCCACUACCUCGAGAAGUUCCUGAAGGCACCAACGAACGACGACUGCCCGCUGGGCGGCCAAGCAUCGUAUGGCCAGGCCGUGGUGAUCGACUCGGAGGCGGACACCAUUCCCGCCAGCCAUUUCAGGACGAUGCACACGCCGUUGCGCAGCCAGGAGGACUUCAUCGACGCCAUGUCCGCUGCCCGAAGAAUCGCGUCCGAUAUUACCCGCACGACGGGCGUCGACGUGUUCCCCUACAGUCUCUUCUACAUCUUCUUCGACCAAUACGCCAGCAUCGUGUCGCUGACGGGGGCCCUUCUUGGCUCGGCCGUGGCCAUCAUCUUUGUCAUUGCGUCGGUCCUGUUGGGGUCUCUCAUGACUGCGUUGGUCGUGACCGUCACGGUCUGCAUGACUGUUGUCGACAUUAUUGGCGCGAUGGCCGUGUUUGGGGUUUCGCUCAACGCGGUCUCGCUCGUCAACCUCAUCAUCUGCGUUGGCAUCGGCGUGGAGUUCUGCGCCCACAUUGCGAGGGCCUUUAUGUUCCCUUCGCGCACCGUCAUGGAGCGCGCCAAGAACCGCUUCCGCGGCCGUGACGCCCGCGCCUGGACCGCUCUGGUCAACGUGGGAAGCUCCGUCUUCUCGGGCAUCACCGUCACCAAGCUUCUGGGCGUCUUUGUGCUCGCGUUCACGAGGUCCAAGAUCUUUGAGAUUUACUACUUCCGAGUGUGGCUGGCGCUUGUCAUCUUCGCCGGCACGCACGCACUCAUCUUCCUCCCCGUUGCACUGAGCUUGUUCGGUGGAGAGGGAUACGUGGACCCGGAGAGCGAGGGCGGCAUCGAGGAGGACCUCGCCAGCCGCAGAUACCGUGCCCUCGUACCUGACGAGGACACGGACUCUGACGACGACUACUAG